CUCCCUUCCUAUCACAAACAAGAAAUCCUUUUUAACAAAUCAUCAAAAUCCAUCCCUCACAACCGAUACUCAAACUCAAAACAAUGGCUAUUCAUCGUCUUAGUCCUUGCUUGGUUAUUGUUGCAUUACUACUCUUCCUAACUUCGCCCCUCAACGGCCAAAUUGUCAAUCUGCCCUGCUCUCCCUCAACACUCACAAGUUUCGCUCCUUGUUUGACUUUUGUCACAAGCAACUCCACAUCACCCUCUUCAAGUUGUUGCAAUAUUCUCAAGUCUGUAACAAGCAAUGGCACGUCUUGUCUUUGCUUCAUUGCCUCUGGUGCUCCUUUUCAAGUUCCAAUUAAUCGAAACCUUACCCUUUCCCUUCCCCGUGCUUGUCAGAUGCCCAGCAUGGCCAUCCAAUGCAAAGCUUCUGGAGUCCCUGGUGCGCCAAGUCCUGCUUCAAGUCCUGUUGCUGAGGUACCCACUUUGUCACCGAAACCGGCCCCUGGUCCUUCUAGAGACCCCACAGGUGAUGCUGUUCCAAAGUCAAUGUCACCAGCUGCAACACCAAAAUCUGAUGCUAAUCCUUCUGAUCAAACCCCACCGCCCUCGACAGCAAAUUCCGGAACUCCGGCUAAAAAUUCCGGCAAUCCUCCGGCACCAUCCGUUGCGUCGUUUAUGAGUGUUUCACCUUUAAUAUCGCUGGUAGCAUUUGGAGUGGUUACAUUGAAGCUCUAUUAAUUUGAAAUAAUUUGUAUUACUUUUUGUUUUGUUUGGCUACCUUGUUCUUGGAGCUUGGAUUAUACGAUUGUUUUUAUUAUUAUUUUUUAUGUAUUAAUAUUUAAAGGUUUGGAUUAAGAUAAAACUCUUUGCAUUUGAUUGGAAAUAAUUAAAUAUAAUUGGUUUGUUCCUUA